UAUUAUAUAAAGAUCAUCCGAAAUGACAAAUCUCCAGUCUCCGUAGGUGGUCGUGUGAUCUUAAGUAGUAUACUAAAUUUCCAUUCCAAAAAUGAGUAAAAAGCAGAAUUUACUUUUGCUCUUUGAUCGACCUACAGAACCAAUGAUCCUACCAAAAGGGUCUGAAGGCGUCAACUUUAAAGUUCCUAACCAGUAUUUGAAAGAUGAAUACCAAGAUUUGGGACCCCAAUUAGUAACUACAUUCGCAAACAGAGUUGGAGGUGAUGAUAACGAUGUUACCGUCAAAGAUAUCUCUUUGCCUUCAUUAGGAGAAAUAACUGAUUUAGGGAGGGACGAAAAUUUCUCUUUAUUUAUUCCUAAACACAGAAGACUUGCUGGAAAACUAAUUAAUAUAUUCAUGGGAAUGAAAGAUCCUGAUGACCUAAUGGCUGUGGCAAUAUACGCUCGAGAGCGUGUCAAUCCUGUUCUUUUCAACUAUGCAUUUUCAGUGGCUUUGAUGCAUCGGCAUGAUACUAGAGAUUUAGAAUUACCAUCUGUACUGUUUUCUUUCCCCGACAGAUAUAUGGAUAGUAAAGUGUUUUCAAGAAUGAGAGAAGUUGCUAACGUUGUUCCAGAGCCUCAAAGGACUCCGGUUUUGAUACCCAGGGAUUAUACAGCAUCCGAUUUGGAAGACGAGCAUCGCUUAGCAUACUUCAGAGAAGAUAUCGGAAUAAAUCUUCAUCACUGGCACUGGCAUUUAGUCUAUCCAUUCGAAGGCCCAAUGGGAGUUGUCAAUAAGAAUCGCAGAGGGGAACUGUUUUACUACAUGCAUCAACAAAUUGUGGCAAGGUACAAUUUUGAACGCCUUUCCAACGGAAUGAAACGGGUGGAAAGGUUUACCAAUUUUAAUGACCCCAUGCCCGAGGGAUAUUUUCCGAAGCUGGACAGUUUGGUCGCAAACAGAAGUUAUCCUGCCAGAGUCCCCAACAUGCGUUGGUCAAAUUUACGAAGAGAAGUUGACCAAAUUUAUGUGGAUAUAGACGAGAUGAAGCGUUGGAGGGACAGGAUAUUCGAUGCCAUUCAUUCUGGAUUCGCCAGAGAUGAAAACCGCAGGCCAGUCGAAUUAACCGAAAACGAAGGAAUUGACAUCUUAGGUAACAUGGUCGAAUCCAGCAUUCUCUCUCCAGAUCGAGACUAUUAUGGUGAUUUGCAUAAUAUGGGUCAUACUAUGGCUUCGUACGUGCAUGAUCCUGAUCACAGACAUUUAGAAUCAUUUGCUGUCAUAGGCGACUCUUCAACUGCUAUGCGAGAUCCAUUUUUCUACCGCUGGCAUGCGUAUAUGGAUGAUAUAUUCCAAAAUCUUAAGGACCGGUUACCUCGCUACACCGUUGAUCAAUUGAAUUUUGCCAACGUUACCGUCCAAGACGUUCAAGUCCAAACGCAAGGUGCCCCAGUCAAUACACUCCAAACAUACUGGCAACAAUCCGAUUUAGACCUCUCAAGAGGAUUGGACUUCCAACCGCGCGGAGCUGUUCUCGUCAGAUUUACACACUUGCAACACAGACCAUUUACCUACAAAGUAACUGUCAACAAUGCCACCAACCGUCCCACUGUUGGGACUUGUAGGAUCUUCAUGGCUCCCAGAUUCGACGAAAGAAGAAACCCAUGGCUUUUCAGAACUCAAAAGAAUAUGUUUAUCGAAUUGGACAAAUUUAGAGUUAAUCUGAAACCUGGAAGCAACUCAAUAUCCAGAGAUUCAAGCUUAUCUUCAGUGACCAUCCCGUUUGAGAGAACUUACCGAAACUUGGAUAGUCGUAGACCAGUUGGAGGAGAUGCUUUGGCUAGAUUCAAUCUUUGUGGAUGUGGUUGGCCGGAAAAUAUGUUGAUACCGAAAGGAAAUGAUCGUUUUGAAGCAGAACUGUUUGUUAUGAUUUCGGACUACGCUAACGAUAGAAUUGACCAGGACGUUGUGGGACAACCAGGAGAUGCGGGAAGCUUUUGUGGCAUUAAAGAUAAGCUGUAUCCUGAUCGUCGAUCUAUGGGUUAUCCGUUUGACAGACAACCAAGAGCUGGAGUUGAUACUCUUCAGCAGUUCCUUACACCGAACAUGAGAGUUAGGAACGUGAUUAUUCAGUUCAAUAAUCGGGUUCUUACACCAGGCGAAAAAUAUUCUAUUCCAGUAAUGUCAAGAAAAUCUACUAAAAAGGAUUUACUCCUGUUAUUCGAUCGCCCUUAUGAACCGAUAGAUAGGCCAAAGGGUCCAGAUGGUGUUAUUUUUGAAGUUCCCAAAGAGUAUUUGAGAGAGGAAUACCAAAAUAUUACACGAGAACCCCCAAAACCAGGCCAAAUAAGAAUUAAGAUCAAUAAGUUAAGAAGUGGUGAUGUUAGCGAUAUUAGCGAUUUAAGCGACAGUGAUUUGCCUUCAUUAGGGAAAAUCACCGAUUUAAGGAGGGAUGAAAAUUUCUCUUUGUUUAUUCCUAAACAUGCAAAGCUUGCUGGACUAUUAAUUAGACUAUUUAUCGGAAUGAAAAAUACUGACGACCUCCUUGACAUGGCUUUAUAUGCUAGAGAACGUGUCAACCCUGUUCUUUUCAACUAUGCAUACUCCGUGGCAUUAUUGCAUCGACCUGAUACUAAAGAUAUAGAUUUACCAUCUGCAUUGUUUUCGUUCCCUGACAAGUACGUGGACAAAAAGGUUCUUUCUUUCGCCAGAGAACGUACCUACGCUGCCUCUGGUUCAGAAAAGAGGGUUCCAAUUAUAAUCCCUAGGGAUUAUACGGCAUCGCAUUUGGAAUAUGAACAGCGUUUGGCCUAUUUCAGAGAAGAUAUCGGAAUAAAUCUGCAUCAUUGGCACUGGCAUUUAGUUUAUCCGUUCGCAGGCCCAAUGGAAGUUGUCAAUAAGAAUCGCAGAGGGGAACUGUUUUACUACAUGCACCAACAGAUGAUAGCAAGAUAUAAUUUUGAACGUCUCUGCAAUGGACUAAAAAGAGUGGAAAAGAUUCACAAUUUUACUGACCCUGUUCCUGAGGCUUAUUAUCCGAAACUGGAUAGCUUGGUUGCAAGUCGAAAUUAUCCAGCUAGAGUUCCGAACAUGCGUUAUCAACACUUACGCCGAGAAAAUGACGAAAUUCGACUUGAUAUAGAAGAUUUGGUACGUUGGAGGGAAAGGAUAUAUGACGCCAUUGAUCUUGGAUAUGCCAAAAAUGAAAAACGUGAACUGGUGGAGUUAACUGAAAACGAAGGAAUCGACAUUUUGGGUAACAUGGUAGAAGCCAGUAUUCUGUCUCCGAAUACAGAUUAUUAUGGUAAUUUCCAUAACAUGGGUCAUGUUUUUUCUGCGCUCAUGCAUGAUCCUGAUAAUAGAUAUCUGGAAUCGUGGGGUGUUAUGGGCGAUUUCUCAACUGCUGCGCGUGAUCCAAUUUUCUAUCGCUGGCAUGCAGCUAUAGAUGAUAUAUUCCAUUAUCAUAAGAACAGGUUGCCUCGUUACGACGUUGAUCAAUUAAAUUUUGCCGACGUAACCGUCCAAGACGUUCAAGUACAGACUGAUGGAGCCCCUUCUAACGUACUCGUAACAUAUUGGCAACAGUUCGACAUAGACCUAUCAGGAGGGCUCGACCCUGGAGUCCAUCGCGACCAUCCACAUGAACCUAUUUUAAUUAGGAUGACGCAUUUAAAGCACGUACCAUUUACCUACGAAAUAACUGUUAAUAACGAUUCCUACGGUCCCACUGUUGGAACCUGCAGAAUCUUCCUGGCACCCAAAUUCGAUGAAAAGGGAAAGAGUUGGCUCUUAAGAAAUCAAAAGGAUUUAUUUAUCGAGUUGGACAAAUUUAAAGUUAACCUGGAUCCUGGAACUAAUGAAAUCUGCAGACAAUCAUCUGAAUCUUCAGUUACGAUUCCUUUUGAAAGAACUUACCGAUCAUUGAAUGACGAACCAAGUGAAGAAGGUGUUCAUCAUGGUUUCUGUCGAUGUGGUUGGCCAGAGAAUAUGUUGAUACCAAAAGGAAAUGAUAGUUUUGAAGCAGAACUAUUUGUUAUGAUAUCGGAUUAUGCUGGUGACAGGAUAGACCAGCACGUUGUAGAUCAUCCCGGCGAUGCAGCAAGCUAUUGUGGCCUUAAAAAUAAACUGUAUCCCGAUCGUAGAUCAAUGGGUUAUCCGUUUGAUAGACAACCUAGAGAUGAUGUUGACACUCUUCAGGAUUUCCUUACACCAAAUAUGAGUGUCAGGAACGUAAUUAUUCAAUUUAAUGAUAUAACCCUUGCACCCGGAGAAAGUUUUCCUAAUUCAUUAAAAUAGAUUGAAAAUGUUUCCGAUGUUUUUUUAAUGCAUACUUUGGAUUGUUCUUGGUAAUAAAAAAUACUGCUUGUAA